UGUUCGAGACGAGUAAAGGCGGAAGGAACGUCACGCCUAUGUUUUCUGGAAGAUUUUUUUUCACUUGUUAUUUCAUUGUUGAUUUUUAGAACGGCAUAUAAUUUAAGGUAAUCCUUCAGUUCAACUUAGAUACCAGUUGCACAAAUCAGAUCACUGAAAGAUGGAAGAAGAACUUUAUGAUGAAAUUGCAAACAAACUAUGCUCUUAUUACAUAAAGGAGGAAGAGGAAGGACUCCAGCAAUACAUCCUCAAGACUACAGUUAUCAAAAAAGAUGAAAGAAACAAAGUUCAAGUGUUAUCUGUUGGAGAGCCCAGUGACAGACCCACCAAGUGUAUACUUCUACUUGGGGAAUCAGGUGCUGGAAAGACAACUAUUGUUAGUGCUAUGGUCAAUUACUUGUUUGGUGUGAAGUAUGACAGUAACUUCAGGCUGAAAGUUGAAGAUCAACUAGAAGAUGAUAACAGAAGGGAAACAGAAAGUCAGACAGACUAUAUCACUGUCUAUUUGUUAUACCAUCAUGAAGAAAUGGCAUUUGAAUUUAGUCUCAUGAUUGUAGAUACACCAGGUCUGGCAGACACUAGGGGCACACAGCAACAAAAUAGUGUUAAGAGUCACCUGGAGGCAUUUCUAACAAGUGAUUAUGGUAUUGAUGACAUUAGCUGCAUUGGGUUAGUUGCUAAAGCCAACACAAAUAGAGAUUUUGUGUUCCAAAAAGAAUUACUGAGUGAUAUUAUAUCUUUACUUGGAAAUAAUGUACCAAACAUUACACAUUUAUUUGCCACUUUUGCUGUAGAGAAACCCAUGGUUGAUCAAAUUGUUCGAAAUGCAGGAGUAAAAUUCACUAGUAUGUUUGAGUUUGAUAAUGGGGUUCUGUAUGCAUCACCAAGAAAAGGUUGUAGCAUUCAGAAGAGAGACCAUGUAAUGAUUUCAUACAGAUGGGAAAACAUGAUAGAGCAGUAUCAGACCUUUUUUGAUGUUCUUGUUCAUACUCCUCCUGUUAAUAUUAAGAUAUUGCGUGAAAAGAAGUUCUUGGAUAAGUCAGCAGCUUCAUUAAAGUUGCAAGUAGAAGAGUUAGGGAAGUUACUUACUGCACUAGAGGAAAAUAGGAAAAUGCUUAUCAAGUAUGAAUUACAAGAAGCAAGGAAUAAAAACUGGCGUCAUGAAAGAAGAUUAAAGAGAAAGAGCAGGGUGAAGGUAGAGGAUGGGUAUCAUGCCCAUAACUGUCCUGAGUGUAACCAGACAUGCAUAUUCCCCUGUCCAUCCAUGAAAGAAAACAAUGCCAGCAUGAUUGGUGGAGUGGCAGGUGUUCUAGGUGGAUAUCAUCUGGGUAUGCUGUAACUAUUGGAAGCUGGGUAACCAGAGCCCUUGGAGGUGCUGCUGUAACUGCAGGUGAGGUUGGUGCUGUGGGAGGCAUUCCUGGUGUGAUUGUAGGGGGCAUGGUGGGUGUGACUAUAGGUGCAGUUGCUGGGGCAUGUUGUGGAAAGAUGUUAUCUGGUGCAUCAUGUAUUCAGCCUGGGCGGGGAGAUGUGUGUGGAGAAAAAGGGUGUUUACACUCUCUGUCUGUACAUGUAAAAGAAGAUGAACGCAUUAUGGAAUAUGAGGAUAUAGAAAUAGAUAUUGAUGAAUACUCCAAAGAACUCCAUGACAUAGCUGUUUCAAAAAAAACUGAUGCAAUGGCUAAAAUUGUAAGUGGUGGCCAGAAAAUUUUAGUUUGUAAGAAAAUGGUAACUCAUUUUAUGCUGAAAAUGUUAUUUCAUGGCAAGACAGUAUGUGAGUUGACUGAGGGUUUGGAAGUUAUUAAUCCCUUAGAAAUCUUGGAAAAACUAAUUGCUGAAGUUAGGUUAGGGAAGCCUGAUCACAUUCAUCAUGCAAUAGCUAUCCUUCAGCUAAUGAAAAAGGCAGUAAAGGCACUAGAGUCAUGUCCAACUAAAGAAAUUUGUGAUCAGUGUGAUGUGAUAAUGAGUUUGCUUGAAUGUGUGCCCUAGAAUGCAUCUUUCAUAUUCAUGGAAGUUACUGUUAUGUGCAAUCUGUAUUUUGAAAAUUAUAUUAAGUUAAAACAAAAUAUUCAUAUACAUAUUUAGCUAAAGUAGUCAAGAGAUUUUUGGACAAAGAGAAAAAGAGCAAAAUAAAAGUUUGCUUUUGAAAUAUAUUUGAUUUCAGAUGUGUUUGCUUUUGUCUGGGUUAUUUAGAUGAUUUGAAUUUGUAGCUUUUGUGUAAAUCUGAAUUUUCUAUUUUCAUGUUUAAAAAUGAACUGGUUACAUGUUACAAGGAGUAUUGUAGACCUUCACUAAGGAAAGUGGCUCCAUCAUAGACAGUAUUUAAUCCCUAAUAACAUUAGUAAUUAGGCAUAUACUCCAUGAACAUGUAGAGACCUGCUUCAUUCCAAA